AUGGCAGGGCCAGUCUGCAGACCCCGGCUGCUGGACCUCACGGGAGACGAGGAGCCCACUCUGGGAGUUCCCAUCAGCCCCUUCAUGGACUGCUCGGGUCACAGCUGGCCAAGCUCCAGGCCCAUAUCACAGGCCCACUCUGGAUCUCCCACCACCCAGCCUGCCUCAGCCUGGAGGAACAAGAAGAUGGUGGUGAUUGGAAUAGGAAACUCAGGAGGAGACAUCGCUGUGGAACUCAGCAGGGUCACCAAGCAGAGGACACGGAGGGUUGCUUGGAUCCGAAACCGAGUUGGAGACAAUGGCUGGCCCGGGGAUAUGACUGUCAGUAAGGCCUUGACAUGUUUUAGAUCGCUCCUCCCAUUUAAUCUCGUCUGCAGCAUGAUAGAGAGAAGUCUCAAUCAACGGUUCAACCACAGGCUGUACAAUCUUAAACCAAAACACAGUCAACAUCCCACCGUAAGUGAUGAUCUUCCCAACCGCAUCCUGUCCGGAACAGUAAAGGUCAAACACAACAUCCGCAGAUUCCAAGGAUCCAGUGAGGAGUUUGAUGAUGGCAGUGUAGUAGAGAAUAUUGACCUUGUGGUAGGAAUUGCCACUGGGUACAGCUUUUCAUUUCCUUUUCUCGCCUCCAAUGUGCUGCCAGUCUCUGGGAACAAGGCCUCACUUUAUAAGUACGUGUUCCCUCCGGAUUUGGAGAGGAACACGCUGGCCGUCAUUGGACUCGGGCAGCCGCUGGGAGCCAUCAUGCCCAUCUCUGAGAUCCAGGCUCGGUGGGCCACCCGUGUCUUCAAAGGGGACACACGCUCUAUUCGUCUCAGCGUCUCAAGUCGCCCUGUUCUCCACCUACAGUGGAAACCACUCAAACGCAACGAUAUUCUUAUUCCACACAGGAUGUGUCAAGUGUCCUUCGGUAGCCGCCAUUUUUUAUUUUUUUUCUCAAAGACAUGCUCAGAUAUUAAUAAUUAAUAAGAGUCAUGGCAGGAGGUGUAUCUAUCUAUAUAGAAACGCUUGCCAGAAGUGUUACCUUAACUCAUCCAAAAUAUACGUGAUUUUCCUAUGUUUAAGUUUCAAUACACGUGUGGCCCAGGGAGCCUGCAUCUCAGCCAGGGGGUUGAUGGCUCCCAGAGCGUGGAUGAAGCCCACCAUGGCUGGUCUUGGUCAGCGCACGAGGGAAGACGUGGCGGUAGAGAAGGAGCCUAUGGCCGCUCGUAGCCAGCAGGUCUGGGGGCAGGAAGGGGAAGCUGCAGUGGUAACCCUUGGCGAACACAACAACAUCUACCGGGAUGUAACAUGUGCUUUAACAAAGUUUGGUAUGGAAAAGGAGAAAUGGCAGCCAUUUCUGGAGCCACCUUCACGGUGCAAGACAAAACAAAACAAAAAUACCUAGCUACAAACAUCUUAUAAGAUAAUUAAAGCACACCUUGUCUAGAAUGCUUCCAUCCACAAAGACCACACUGGAACCACAGAACUCCUUCAUCUUUGGCCUCAUCUGAACCUGACCUGAGAUGAGCCGACCUGGGUGCUCAUCACUCACUAGCAGGAUCUGUGCAAAAAACAUGCCAACAGAACAGUGGAUGCUUUCAUUGGAUAGUAAUAAUAAUUAACAAUUGAAAAAACACCUCUGUUCAUGUGUAUAAUCUCAAGUCAAGCGUUAUUUGGAGUACAGUUAAUCAACAACAAUAUCUAGUAGAUCAUCAACUAAUGUAUGCAAAGAGAUCCCUGAC